AUGAAUAUUGAGCGUGCUCUGGCACUGCUCUUUAAAGCCAGAGUUCUGAUUUUACAUUCUAGGUACUUUCAAACUGCACUGGAGUUACUUGCUAGACGCGUUAGUAUUGAUAAUGAAGUACGACGGAAAGUAGGAGGCAAAAAGCCAUCGAGACAAGAGCUCAUUGAUAUGACAAAUAUGAUGACACAAUCCAAACUUUUUCGCUUAGAUUCAGAAUUCAAUAUUUUUGAUCAAUCUAUUACCCGUGUACUUGAUUUAGGAUCAGUACCUGGGAACUGGGCAUUCUUCUCUCAAAAUAGAUUAUGCCAAAUUCAUAGCAUUGAUUUGGAAAAAUUCCAAGAGAAAUGCCACAUUGCUGGAUUUGACAUCCUUGUUGGGGAAUCCUUACCGGGGAUAUCAUCUAUUCAAGGCAACAUUUACUCGAAGAUGUCGCACCACAAUAUAUUGCUGCAUUUUCAAGAGAUUGCCGUUAAGAAGGAGAUAAAAUAUAGUACUAGCCUCGAGCAAACAGUUUAUCCACAAGAACAAUCAUACUUUGCUAAAGAGCAGGAAGAUUCCGUAGUAGAGCAAGAUUUAGAAUCGAUUACAGAUGGGGUUCACAGCCUCUCUAUUCGGGAUUCACUCAUUAAGACAAAAACUCCUUCUUCACGUACUGAAGGUUAUAAAAAUAUUCCUUACAAACCUCAACUCGUUUUGUCUGAUCUUUCUGUUCCCUUAAUGCAACAAAGUGGGUUUUUUAGUAAUACUGUGUCGAGACCACACCUCCGUUUUGGAGCGAAAGAGGCUUUAAAUAAACCGAUCGUUGAUCCUUUGAAAGCUCCAAUUGAUCUUGCGGAUGCAGCGUUACUUUUAUGUAGCAAUAUUCUUGCACCAACAGGACGGUUUGUACUAAGGUUGUACAAGACCGACCCUGGGGAUCCUGAGCUUGAUCUCUUGCAUGACCGUCUUCUCAAAGUGUUCAAUAAGGUACAUAAGUGGGGUGAGUCGGUUGGAAACGUGAACUCCUCAUCGAAUGAAGAGUUAUUUUUCGUAUGCUUUGAUAAAAAAGAAGACAAGGAAAUUAAUAUCAAUCAAAUCUUUCAAUUCUAG